UGUGGUGUGGGCACUGUGGCUCGGGAGGACCUGCCAGACCAUCUGAAGGACAGCUGUAGCACCGCCCUGGUGCUAUGCUCAUUCAAAGACUCCAGCUGCAAGCACUGGUUCCCUAAGCUGGCAAUGGCACGGCAUGUGGAGGACAGUGUGAAGCCACAUCUGGCCAUGAUGUGUGCUCUGUUGAGUUGGCAAUGGCAGGAGCUGCAGGACCUUCAGCAAGAGCUGGAGGAGCUAUCAAUGGGCAGUGAUGGUAUGCUCAUCUGGAAGAUUGGCAGCUAUGGUCGGCGGCUACAGAAGGCCAAGGCCAAGCCCAACCUUGAGUGCUUCAGCCCAGCCUUCUACACACAUAAGUAUGGUUACAAGCUGCAGGUGUCUGCAUUCCUCAAUGGCAAUGGCAGUGGCGAGGGCACACACCUCUCACUGUACGUUGGCUUGCUGCCUGGUGCCUUUGACAAUCUCCUUGAGUGGCCCUUUGCCCACUGUGUCACCUUCUCCCUGCUGGAUCAGAGCAACCCUGGGCUGGCUAAACCACAGCAUGUCACUGAGACCUUCCACCCCUGCCUAAACUGGAAGAACUUCCAGAAGCCAGGCACUUGGAGGGGGGCUCCCUGGAUGAGAGAUCUUCCUAAGUUCAUCUCCCACCAGGACAUCCGAAAGCAAAAUACUAUGUACAGUGUGGGGAACAGGUCUUGGGGUCAUCAAGGGCUGGAAACAAGUGACCCCAGGGCCUGUCUCCCUUCUUAG